UUUCGUUAACUCCAACUUUUCAAAUGAAAAAAUGCAAAACGAAAUUAUUUUAUUUAUUAUUUUAUUUAUCUUUCAAUUUUUAGUUUUCUAUGCUGCAUGUUAAGUAUAUAAGCUUAUAACAUUGUAGAUUUCACAACCCAAUAAUCGGAGAUUACAAACCGAAGAAGAGACUAAAGUCAGUGGUUUAUUUCCACAUUUUUAGGGUGAAGAGGUAUGGAUUUAAUAAAUAAUGAUUUAAACACAUGUUAAAUAUCAUUUUUUUUAUAUAAAAAUGUGUGAAAUGAGUUGUAAUAUCAGUACGGUUUCAUUAGAGGUUUUAACAUAGUGGUUACUGUUUUGUUUUGUUAUGCAAUUCAAUAUUCCAACAUCCUCUGUUUACAUGUAGGAGAAAGAAGUAGCUGACGUGGUUUCUGAAACUAUAAAUCAUGUAUUGAAGGAUGUAUGUGGCACGGAAAAUCCAACGGUUAUUUAGUAGACAUGAUUCAUAUACCUGGUGGAGACUAUAAGUACAUCCUUUAUUCCAUUGAUCAUUGGCCGAGAUUUAAUUUUCUUGCUGCCCUGGAGUAAAAGAAAGGCGCUCCAAUCACUGUUGAGUUGGAAAAACUAUUUUCAUUGUUCGGACCACCAAAGAUCUUCCAUUUCGAUAACAGUUCAGAAUUCAAAAUCUUAUCAAAGCUUGGCCAGGGAAGAUUCAGGUGGUUCAUGGUCGUCCUCGCCAUCUCGUGGACGUCCUCGCCAUCCACAGAGUCAAGGCAUCAUUGAACAGGCUCAUAUCAAUGUGAAACAUAAAAUAUCGGUCAUGAUAGCUGAGGGUGAAUAUUGUUCUGAAAUAUCAACAUGCACAAGGUCGUCGCGUACAGAGUCAAGUAAUGCUUUAAUAGAUUUUUGCAGCAUACCGACUUCUACCACCAAACUGUCACUGCAUCAAAUUAGAUGUUAUCUGUCGCAGAUUUCAUCAGGAUUUUAUGAUAAAACAUCAAGUUGUCUUGAUGUUUCAGAUAAAAUCCUUAUAGGACAAAUGUCGAGGUUAUCUGAAGUUAUCAUUCAGAUUAGUACACAAAGUCUGGAAGAAGAUUUCUUCAGAAAAACAUGAUAUUUCGCGACAACAGAUUUCUUCUAGAAACCUGACAUUUUCAACGCAGAUUACUUGUGCAACAUGAUGUUUUGACGUCAGAUUUCGUGGAUAUAUGACGUUUUUAAAGCAGAUUAAUUGCGUAACAGGAUGUUUUGAUCUCAGAUUUCGUGGACAUAUGCUGUUUUGAAGGCAGAUUAUUUCGUAACGUAAUGUUUUCAUCCCAGAUUUCGUGGAAAUAUGCUGUUUUGAAAGCAGAUUAUUUGCGUAAAAUGAUAUUUUCAUCUCAGAAUAUAUGCAAACAUGCGGUUUUUACGACAGAUAAUUCGAGUAAACAUUGCCUAAGACGACGACAGGUAAAAUGCGGCGAUUCUUAAAAUCGGGUUUCUUAUUUCUUAGGAUAAAAAAUGGGAAGACAAAAUAAGGCGUCAAAAUUUGUCAAGAAAUCUAUGUUUCAGUCAAAUAAAUUUUACUCAAAUAAUAAAUGCAUUUAAAUUAGUUAUAUACAUUAAAAAAUGGUAGCACACCAAGUUAGUUUAAAAAAUAAAUAAAUAAAAUGUCUGUUUUCUUAAAUAUAUACAUGAAAAAUGACAGUCUAUUUGCAGAAAAUGUUUGAAAUGGCCUAAUUAUUAACUUUUUAAAGCAUAAAAAUAAAAUGAUAAGCCAAUGAAACUUUAAGAAGUCGAUAAGUUCUACGUCAGGGCAUAAAAAGUGUGAGAAUAAACUUAUUAGCACAAAUUUGGAAAAUCGAAUUGCAGACAAACUCCCAAAAAUGGCAAUUUGCAAUAAUAAUAAGUUUUCCAAAAUAAAAGAAUAUUCACACCUAAUUAGUUCUGCACUUUUUUAUCUGCCCACUCUUUUCUAUCUUCAGUUCCGCACUUUUUUCUACCCCUAAGUAUCCUUAAAUAUACAUAUAAAAAUAUUAGUUACUAAAAAUGGUAAAAAUACCCUCUUAGUUUAAAAAAAUCCACCCUUAAAAAAUGUUUUAAAAAUAUAGUUAUAUUAAAAACCCUGCAACUCCAAGUUUAUUUCUUGGAAACAAACAUAUCAUAACCAAAUGGCAAGUUUGCAGGUGCAGCUCUUUUUGAUGGGGAACCAUUAACCCUUUUUACCAUUUGUUCCUUCGAUCGUUUGGAACUGCUUUUCUCAUAGGUGACAUCAAUAAUAUCUACAAGUUUUUGAAAUUUUUUCGUCCUCCAUUCUGGCUUGCGUCUUUUAAAAUAACGUUCCCCAUUGUCAUCAUGAACCUCCUCCUCUGAUGACAUUGUGUCUGGAAUUAGUACCUUUCUUAGGUUGUCUUUUUCUUUUUCCGCAAAAACCUUCUCAUCCACUUUCGCCAGUCCUUUCAGUCUUCUACAAGCUUUCUAAAUUUAAACAAAGUAAUUAUGCUCUUUUACAACGUUUUUAUAUAAGAUGCAAUUCAUACACAACUUAUGGGAAAGGUCUACAACUUACAUGAAUACGACGUUGCUUUUGAGCGUUAUCCGUGUUGUUGCCAACAUUAUGUUUUUUUCUCCUUUCCUGAGUCCUUUUGCUUUCAAAGUAAGUUUUGAUGCCACCUACAAAACGAAUUAAAAAUAAAUGACAGAGGUUUUAUUUAAUUCAGAUAUAACUUGAACUUACGAAAGUUUUGCUCCCAUAAUACGGGCUACAUUUAACAGUUGUUGUGUGUGGGAGCGCAAACGCAAAACAGAAUAUAAAUAACCGACGUGAAACACAAGAUUAAUUAUGGGUAAAUGGCAUUUUUUGCCGACGUUAAAUAAAUUGAAUUAGAAAGGCUGUUACAGAAAACAAAGAAUUCAGCAAAGUCAAAGCACUGAAACAGAUUAUAUUUACUCACUAUUUAUAAUUUUGUCUUUAUCUUUAAGAUUUGGGUGCAAACCGGAUACAAAAUUUUUUAUGUAAAGAGUUGUGUCUUUAUUUGCAUCUUGAAAUGGGCUAAAAUAUACAAUUUAUUGAAAUAAUUUGGGAGAUGAAGCCAAAUCUCCUGUAUUUUAUAAAACCCUUGCAAACAGUGUACCUUGUGCCAUUCUCCACAUUCCAUUCACGGAUAUUCUGCUUGUGCCCUUCUUUAUAGGCAAGUUUGAUGUGAUACUGAAAUAAAAUAAACUGGCACAGUUUACCUCUCUUGUAUAAAAUACAACUUUUAAUAUUAAAGGUACAAGGUCAGGGAGGUUCUGAUAUUUCUUUCCUGUAAAAAAGGCACUUUAGCAAAUCUUAACCAUGUUCUGCAUAAGGCGUCGAACAAAAAAAUGUUCGGUUAGUGUCCCCGACUGACCCAACUUAAAAUUAAAAAAAAUAGUAGUUUUUAAAGAAAAAGAGUAUUUUUUAAAAAAAGUGCAACAUUUCUAUCGACUGAGUAACUUUUUCUUCUUGAGCGGACACUAACCGAACCUUUUUUUGUGUGCCGCCUAACUUAAUUAUUGCCUUUAGAAAAAAAACAACAUCAAAUGUGGUUGGUUAUUUUCAAAAUAUUUUACCAAGAAAAAAUAUAGGAAAUAUAGCAAAAAAAUUAUUCUUGUAGAAUUAGGAAAUAGAAAAAACAAUUUUAUUCUUGUAGAACUCGAUAUCAAGAUACCAUAAUUACGGGAUGAGUAUUUUAAGCCUUUUUUCACAGUUAACGGAUAUAUAUCCCUAAUCCACUGAAGAAGAAAACUUAUUCUAUCUUACCCUGACAUCAUUUGGAACAUCAAUUUCUUUCCGCUCUUUCGAUUCUCGUGUUUUCUCUAAAUUAUCCAGCCUUUUCAGUAUCUCCUUAUUUUGCUGACACAGACUUGCCAAAAUGGUCUUUAUAUCUAAAUUACCAAGAGAGCAUAGUAUGUGACAGUACGACAGGGCUAUGAAGCUACGAAAUCCGGAAGCGACAAAGCCAAAUUAAAUGUGUAUUUUUAUGCAGGGGAAAAAUUGUAAGUCAUUUCCUUUAAUGACACCUCCCUUUCAUAAUACACAAGUAUUAAUACAAAAUCCUACCGCUAGGAGUUGAUCUUUCAUCUUCUGAACUCCUUGGGGUACUGGCAAUAGUUUUUUCGGUUGUUAAGGAGCUAUUCAUCAGAGGCGUUGAUGUUGUCGAUGAAUUCAACGAGUUGUCACAUGUAGUGGUAGUGUCGUCGUCAGUGCUUCGUGCGCUAGUUUGAAUGCUAUCAGAACUUAUGGCAGUAAGUGAAGAACGAUAAAAAAGUUUUUUCUGGGCAGUUUUUGCUAAACACUUCUCACUUUCACUAUCAGAUGAAGAAUCUAAAGCACUUUUAUUCCUGUUGAAUGAAGCCAUGAUGUUGAAUAAUGUGAUAAGCACGCUCUUCUUGUCUUCUUUCACCAAAAAUAUAUUAUGUGCUGUUUCUCUUUGUUCUAUAGCAAAUUUGGCGCCAGACAAAUCUCUGUGUUUCGAUUGGCAGGCUAAUUCGCCAGCCAAUCAAAAUUUUCUGGGCCUUCUCCCCGCGUAGGAACCUGUAUGUUAAACAGGGGGGUAGUUAAGAUUUUCUCUAACUUCUUUCUUCCUCAAUAUAAAGAAACAACAUAAUUAAAAUAAAAGAACAAUUUAAUUUUGAACAAUUCCUUUCGCGUAUCCAUAUUAAUAUAAUAUAUAUAUCGGAAAGCAGCACCCUUCCCUAAAAAUGUCUCUCCGUUCUGAAAAAAAACACGCCCUAACUAAUUCCACAAAGGAAUCUCUUCUCUGUCUUCUCUGCGCCCUGCAUAUUUUUUUAGCAUGUAGUCUGAAAAUAAAAUGGUAGCUAAACAAGUAGGAAAAAGUGAUGUGAUAUGAUAAAUUUAUGUUCAAGCUUAUCUCGUCAUGUCUUCCAACUAUGUUAAAUGUCAUAAGUGUGCCCAAUCAUUUAAUAUACGGUAUUUUAAUCGCCAUAUUUGUAACGGUAAUCAUCCUGUUGCAGCUGAUGAUAAUCAACAAAAUACUGACAACAAUGAUGAUGAUCAUAGUAGUCAGGAACCCGAAGAAGUUGAAUGCACCAACGAAACAAGCUGUAUCGAAGAUAAAACCGAGGAGAACAAUGAAGAUGAAAUUGUCGAUGAAGAUUUAUUUCAGGAAUUAUUUCGAGAGGCUAGCUUUUUGGAUGGGGAUGAAACUACUUGUGAAGAGACAUCAAAAUUAUCCAUCCUCAUCACGUGGUGCUGUUUGUUUCUUGCUUAUUGGCAAUAUACAUUUAAUAUAACCGAUAAUGCUCUUGAAGCAUUGAUUAAAUUUUUUUUAGUUUUCUUUAAAGUUUAUGGAGAGGUGGUAUCAGGAUCGAAAGAAGAAGUUAACUCAGCUUCAUCAUUUCCACCCUCGUUGUAUAUGCUUCACAAGUUUCUGUCAAUGAAAAAGUCUUAUUACAAAAAGUAUGUUGUAUGUCGUAAAUGCUAUUCUCUUUAUGACCCAGAUAAGUGUGUUUCCUAUUAUCGUGGAGAGAAAAUAUCAGCUACAUGUGCAUAUGUAAAAUUUUCGAAUCAUCGAUUGAAACAUUAUAGAAAAAAAUGUGGUGAAAAACUCAUGCGAGUCAUAAAAUCACCAUCAGGGGUAACAAUUUUAGUGCCUUUUAAAUCAUAUUGUUACAGAUCAAUUCAGAAGUCCUUAGAAGUAUUAACAAACAGGGAAGGAUUUGAAACUGAUUGCGAAAAAUGGAGAAAUUUGAAAUCUUAUCCAGAUACAUACAGUGACAUUUUUGAUGGUGAAAUAUGGAAAAAAUUUUCACGCACAGGAGAAUGGUAUUUUUCAGAACCUAGGCACUAUGCAGUAAUGUUAAAUAUAGAUUGGUUUCAGCCGUUCAAACAUUUGUCCAGUUAUUCUAUUGGUGGUAUAUAUCUCGUUGUUUUAAAUCUUCCACGUGUUGAGCGAUUUAAAAGAGAGAACGUUAUUCUUGUUGGAAUUAUCCCAAAUAUGCAGAAAGAACCUCCAACUAACACCUUUAUAGCACCUUUAAUAAGUGAAUUAAAUACUGCAUGGCAUCAAGGAUUCACUAUUGUCUCUGCGUUAUCAGGAAAAUUAGAAGUAUUUCGAUUAGCAUUACUGUGUGUUGGAUGUGAUACACCCGCAUGUAGAAAGUUAUGUGGUUAUCUAGGUGAGUUUUUAGUUUUUUCUAUGUUUCUAUAAGUAUAACUUUUCUCAACAUGCUGUUAAAGUAUUAUGUAUUGUGUUCACCUGUGUCAAUAAAUGAUUUAUGGAUGAAACAAACGUAAGGGAAGAAACUUUGACGGGAAGAAAAUUUAGUGAAAGUAAAUUUGGCAGAAUUUUAUUUGGCGGAUGAAAACAAACAUGAAAGUUGAUUUUUUCUUUUUAAAUCGUUGCUUUUUUCUUUUUAAACCAUAAACUUAGUUGAAAAGAAAGUCACUCGUCGUCAAAUACUAAAAUAAAAAACUUACCAAUCAGACUUUUUUUAAAUUGACGGAGAGCAAAAAAUUAUUAAUUUUGGCGUUUUGAGAAGAACAUUUAGUGAAAGUAAAUUUGGCAGAAUUUUAUUUGGCGGAUGAAAACAAACAUGAAAGUUGAUUUUUUCUUUUUAAAUCGUUGCUUUUUUCUUUUUAAACCAUAAACUUAGUUGAAAAGAAAGUCACUCGUCGUCAAAUACUAAAAUAAAAAACUUACCAAUCAGACUUUUUUAAAAUUGACGGAGAGCAAAAAAUUAUUAAUUUUGG